UUGUGAUGCCGCUCAGAGUUCACACCCCCGUCUGCUGACUCAGCAAGGAAACCGCACACCACCCUGAACCUCCAUGAUGUCGAAGCUCCCAGCAGCCUCUGUCCAUCAGACCCCCGUUUACACUGGUGCUGAUGAGCGGGACAACAACGCUCUUGCUGUUGUUCUCAGCAUGAUAGGAAAGUUUGCUGUGGCGAUUGCCUUUGGUCUCAUCUACCUGUACACCUGCGAGCUUUACCCAACUAUCAUCAGGUCUCUGGCUGUGGGCAGUGGCAGUAUGAUGUGUCGUGUCGGCAGUGUGGUGGCUCCUUUCUGCGUGUAUCUAGCAGAUGUCUGGAUCUAUCUACCUCAGCUAAUUGUGGGAAUCCUGGCCUUCAUUAUUGGAGUUCUGACCUUGCUGUUACCCGAAACGCUGGGCAAACCUCUAACCACCACCCUAGAGGAAGCUGAAUCUCUUGGAUGCAAGAAGAAGUCCAAGAAAGGUGCAGAGGGUGGAAUGGAGCUGAACCAGAGCGAAGCAGCUAAGGUCUGAGCAUAUGUCCUGCAGGAAAAACAAAAACUGUUUGGAAAAUAAGAGACAACCAUGAGAGGAGACGUGAGCAUCAAUUUAUUGGAUUGUUGUUUGAUCAACAGUUGAAAAAGGAUUCUGAGAAAUCAUAUAAACCCUUCUUACACACACCAGUCCUGGUGCCUUACAAUUUUAAUAAUACUGUGUGCUACAUGUGUACUAUUUAUAGGUGUUGACAUGAAACAUUCAUUUAGCUCUAUUAUUAAUGUAAAGUGCUUCUUUAAUUUAAGUUAACAUUUCAAAAAGUUUAAUCUCAGGGCAAAUUAACACACCACUAUAAAUCUAUCAUGCCUAAAAGGAUUCAAACGUAUCAGUCUCAGAAUUUUGAGAGAUGGAAUGGUUUUACCUUGGACUGUAAGCAUGGACAUGUUUUGAAUAUGUGUGCAAAGUUUGAGUUUCAGUGUAAAAGUACAUCACCACCAAGAGGACAUCUCCAGACAUUCGGACCAAAUACAGUUAGACGAAUAUUCAGCCAGUUUACAGAAAUAUGUUUAAAUCUUGUGAUGGAGGAAGGUUUCAAGACAAGCAUUCUGGAUGUUUUUAGUGAAGUCAUUUUUACGUCACUGUGGAACAACAAACACACGUUGUUUUGUGAGAUACAAAUUUUUCAUGCUUAUACUGAAAAGAGGCAAAACAUCGUUAAAUAAAUUAUUUAUAAAUGAGAAAACUUUGGACCUCCAUGUUUGUUUUAAUAAAGGGUUGCAUUUUAAAAAUCAGAACUUUUUUUUAGCUUUUCUUCAUCCGUUUGACUGGUUCCUAUAUUGGGAUGUUUGUGCCUAUGAAGCAGCCUUACAGUGAACAGCUGAGCAAGGAACACUUGGCAGCUUUGCUUGCUUUUAGCUCCCCCUAGUGUUCGUUUAGCAGAACCAAAAGCAACACUUAUCUCCUUGCUGUGCGUUUCCCUUUUUAACACCUUAAUCUAACAGCUGAAAUGUCUCUCCAGCCUUAAUUAAUGUCUAAAGGAGCGGUUGAUGACUAAACCAAACAUAUCAGAUAUGUUCAUGCCUGGUGCAGACUGCAGCGCCAGGCACGUCAGCUCCACCAGACAGGCACUCUGAAGUUGCAAAUGCAGUAUUCUGGCCACAGAGGGCGGAGGGGUCUGAGUCACGUUUCAUUAACUGUGUAAAGGAUCAUUUAGGCACAUGCUGGCUCAAGAAAAAUACUUAAAAAUCUGAAAAAGUUGCAUAGUAUGCCUUUAAAACUGGAACUCAAGGGUCUUUUUAACUUG